CCUACAGAUCAAUAUGAAGCAUAUGAUGUAUAAUCAAUUGUCUCCAUGCUACACAGCUUUAGAAAAUGAGUGAUGCUGAGAUGGAAGUAUUUGGGGUGGCUGCCUCGUACCUCCGCAAGCCGGAGCGGGAGAGGAUUGCGGCACAGGUCAAACCAUUUGAUGCCAAAACGGCCUGCUUUGUGGCAGAUCUAAAGGUAGAGUAUGUGAAAGGCAAAAUCAAGAGCCAAGACAUCUCCAAGGUCACAAUGGAGACUGAGGAUGGGAGGGUUGUCACGGUGAAUCCGGAUGACAUCAGCCCCAUGAACCCUCCUAAAUUUGACAAGAUCGAGGACAUGGCCAUGUUGACCCAUCUCCAUGAGCCAGCCGUGCUGUUCAACCUCAAGGAGCGCUACACUGCCUGGAUGAUCUAUACCUACUCUGGGCUGUUCUGUGUGACUGUGAACCCCUAUAAGUGGCUCCCAGUCUACAACCCAGAGGUGGUGGCUGGCUAUUAUAAACCAAACACCUUAGCUGAAAUGUGA